GGAAGCUUUUCUCGUGCUGGUCACGAACGGAAGGCGCUUUGUCAACAGCGGGUUGCUUGCACAGCAGGCGCAUCCUAGCAGUAGGAUUUUGGUUGGCGCACACCGUUCCUGAAUUCAGGGUGGAUAAGAACCAGGAGAACAGCGGAACUUUAGGUUCUUGUGCUUCUUAGGUAGCUUGGCUUACACCCGCUCAAAGGGUUUGGGUGAUGAGGCAGGCCCUGCUCUGAUCAGAAACACAUUGGUAGAUCUAGUUUCUUGACUUGGCAGGUCAAGAAAGAUGGCUGCUGCAAAUGCGCCGAUCCUGACAAAAGAGGCCCUGUCUUUGACGGGCCUCGGUGUCAACCAACAAUUUAUCACAUUUACGCACGUGACCAUGGAGUCGGAGAAGUAUAUCUGUGUCAGGGAGACAGCCCCCAGCAACAGCGUGGUGAUCAUUGACAUGAGCAUGCCCAGCCAGCCGCUGCGCAGGCCUAUCACCGCUGAUUCUGCGCUGAUGAAUCCUGCUAGCAGAGUCCUGGCGCUCAAAGCUCAAAUCCAGGGAACGACUCAGGAUCACCUGCAGAUCUUCAACAUUGAGGCAAAGCAGAAGAUCAAGUCAUACCAGAUGCCUGAGCAGGUCCUCUUCUGGAAGUGGAUUACUCCCAAGACUCUUGGACUGGUCACAAGCACCUCAGUGUACCAUUGGUCAAUUGAUGGCACCUCUGAGCCCGUCAAGCAGUUUGAGAGGACUGCGAAUCUGAAUGGCAAUCAGAUCAUCAACUACCGGUGUGACCCAUCUGAGAAGUGGCUGGUGUUGAUUGGGAUUGCUCCGGGCGCCCCAGAGCGUCCUCAACUGGUGAAAGGAAACAUGCAACUGUACUCCGUGGAGCAGCAGCGCAGCCAGGCUCUUGAGGCUCACGCAGCUUCGUUUGCAACUUUCCGGGUUCCUGGAAACGACGUGGACUCCACCCUUAUCUCGUUUGCUACAAAGACAAUUGCGGCUGGAACCGUCACCUCCAAGCUGCAUAUCAUUGAGCUUGGAGCACAGCCAGGCAAGAUUCCUUUCACCAAGAAGCAGGCCGACCUUUUCUUCCCCCCCGACUUUGCGGAUGAUUUCCCAGUCGCGAUGCAGAUCUCUGCGAAGUACAGCCUGAUCUAUGUGAUCACCAAGCUGGGGCUGCUCUUUGUGUACGAUCUGGACACCGGCACAGCAGUCUACAGGAACAGGAUCAGCCCGGACCCCAUCUUCCUGACUGCGGAUGCCGGCGCGAUCGGUGGAUUCUAUGCCGUGAACCGGAGGGGGCAGGUCCUGCUGGCCACCGUCAAUGAGCAAACGCUGGUGCCUUUCGUCAGUGGACAGCUGAACAAUCUUGAGCUGGCUGUGAACUUGGCCAAGCGUGGCAACCUACCUGGAGCGGAGAACCUGGUGAUCCAGCGCUUCCAGGAGUUGUUCCAGCAGCUCAAGUACAAGGAGGCUGCAGAGCUGGCUGCCGAGUCCCCGCAGGGGAUUCUGCGCACCCCCGACACUGUGGCCAAGUUCCAGAGUGUGCCGGUGCAGCCCGGCCAGACGUCGCCGCUGCUGCAGUACUUCGGCACGCUGCUGACCAAGGGCAAGCUGAACGUGUUCGAGUCCCUGGAGCUGUCGCGCCUGGUGGUCAACCAGAACAAGAAGAACCUCCUUGAGAACUGGCUGGCCGAGGACAAGCUCGAGUGCAGCGAGGAGCUCGGGGACCUCGUCAAGACGGUGGAUGGGGACCUGGCCCUCAAGGUAUACAUCAAGGCCAAGGCGACGCCCAAGGUCGUGGCCAUCUUCGCGGAGCGCAACGAGUUCGACAAGAUCAUCGCCUACUCCCAGCAAGUCGGCUACACGCCCGACUACCUCUACCUGCUGCAGACGCUACUGCGCACCAACCCCGCGGGCGCGGGCAACCUCGCGCUCAUGAUGGCCAAGAUGGAGGGCGGCUGCCCCGUCGACUUCAACACGAUCACCGACCUGUUCCUCCAGCGCAACAUGAUCCGCGAGGCGACGUCGUUCCUGCUCGAGGUGCUCAAGCCGAACCUCCCGGAGCAGGGCCAGCUGCAGACCAAGGUGCUGGAGAUCAACCUGGUGACGUUCCCCAAUGUCGCGGACGCGAUUUUGGCGAACGGCAUGUUCAGCCACUACGACCGCCCGCGCGUCGCGCAGUUGUGCGAGAAGGCGGGGCUGUACACGCGCGCGCUGCAGCACUACACGGACCUGCCCGACAUCAAGCGCGUGAUCAUCAACACGCACGCGAUCGAGCCGCAGAGCCUGGUCGAGUUCUUCGGCACGCUGUCCCGCGAGUGGGCGCUUGACUGCAUGAAGGAGCUGCUGCUGGUGAACAUGCGCCAGAACCUGCAGAUCGUGGUCCAGGUCGCCAAGGAGUACACCGAGCAGCUCGGCCUCGACUCGUGCAUGGGCCUCUUUGAGGAGUUCAAGUCCUACGAGGGCCUCUACUUCUACCUCGGCUCCUACCUCUCCACAUCAGAGGACCCGGACGUGCACUUUAAGUACAUUGAGGCCGCCUCGCGCACGGGCCAGAUCAAGGAAGUGGAGCGCGUGACGCGCGAGUCCAACUUCUAUGAUGCGGAGAAGACCAAGAACUUCCUCAUGGAGGCUAAGCUGCCGGACGCGCGCCCGCUGAUCAACGUGUGCGACCGCUUCAACUUCGUGCCGGACCUCACGCACUACCUCUUCACCAACAACCUGCUGCGCUACAUCGAGGGCUACGUCCAGAAGGUCAACCCCGCAAAUGCCCCUCUGGUCGUCGGCCAGCUGUUGGACGACGAGUGCCCCGAGGACUUCAUCAAGAACCUCAUUCUGUCCGUCCGCAGCCUGUUGCCAGUCGAGCCUCUGGUAGCAGAGUGCGAGAAGAGGAACCGGCUGAAGCUGCUGAGCCAGUUCCUGGAGCACCUGGUGAGCGAGGGCAGCCAGGACGUGCAUGUGCACAACGCGCUGGGCAAGAUCAUCAUCGACAGCAACAACAACCCCGAGCACUUCCUCACCACCAACCCCUACUACGACUCCCUCGUCGUCGGCAAGUACUGCGAGAAGCGCGACCCCACGCUGGCCGUUGUCGCUUACAAGCGCGGCAAGUGCGACCUCGAGCUGGUCGCCGUCACCAACAAGAACUCGUUGUUCAAGCUCCAGGCCAGGUACGUGGUGGAGCGCAUGGAGCCGGAGCUGUGGGAGAAGGUGCUGACGCCCGAGAACCAGUUCCGGCGGCAGCUCAUCGACCAGGUGGUGUCGACCGCGCUCCCCGAGAGCAAGAACCCGGAGCAGGUGUCGGUGACGGUGAAGGCGUUCAUGACGGCGGACCUGCCGCACGAGCUGAUCGAGCUGCUGGAGAAGAUCGUGCUCCAGAACAGCGCCUUCAGCGGCAACCCCAACCUGCAGAACCUGCUCAUCCUCACCGCCAUCAAGGCCGACAAGUCGCGCGUCAUGGACUACAUCAACCGCCUUGACAACUUCGACGGUCCCGCCGUGGGAGAGAUCGCCGUUGGGUCGGAGCUGUACGAGGAGGCCUUCACCAUCUACAAGAAGUUCAACCUCAACGUCAAGGCUGUGGACGUCCUGCUGGACAACAUCGGCAGCAUCGACCGCGCCCUCGAGUUUGCGAGCCGUGUUGAGGAGGACGACGUGUGGAGCCAGGUGGCCAAGGCGCAGCUGAAGCAGGGGCUCGUCAGCGACGCCAUCGAGUCGUUCAUCAAGGCCAACGACGCCACGCAGUUCCUGGACGUCAUCAAGGCCGCCGAGAAGGCCAACGAGUUCGAGGAGCUGGUGAAGUACCUGCUGAUGGUGCGCAAGAAGGUGAAGGAGCCCAAGGUGGACAGCGAGCUCAUCUACGCCUACGCCAAGACGGGCCGGCUGGGCGAGAUCGAGGAGUUCAUCGCAACGCCCAACGCGGCCAACCUGCAGAACGUGGGCGACAAGUGCUUCGACGAGGCGCUCUACGAGGCCGCCAAGAUCCUGUUCACGCACAUCUCCAACUGGCAGCGCCUCGCGUCCACACUCAUCAAGCUCAAGCAGUUCCAGCAAGCUGUGGAGGCCGCCCGGAAGGCCAACAGCGCCCGGACAUGGAAGGAGGUCUGCUUUGCGUGCGUGGAUGCGGAAGAGUUCCGGUUGGCCCAGCUGGCCGGCCUCAACAUCAUCGUCCAGGUGGACGACCUGGAGGAAGUGAGCGACUACUACCAGAACCGCGGCCACUUCGACCAGCUGAUCGCGCUGAUGGAGAGCGGGCUGGGCCUGGAGCGCGCGCACAUGGGCAUCUUCACCGAGCUGGGCGUGCUCUAUGCGCGCUACCGCCCCGAGAAGCUGAUGGAGCACCUCAAGCUCUUCUCGACGCGGCUCAACAUCCCGAAGCUCAUCCGCGUGUGCGACGAGCAGCAGCACUGGAAGGAGCUCACGUUCCUCUACAUCACGUACGACGAGUACGACAACGCGGCGGGCGUCAUCAUGGCGCACAGCCCCGACGCGUGGGAGCACAUGCAGUUCAAGGACGUGAUCGUGAAGGUGGCGAAUCUGGAGGUGUACUACAAGGCGGUGCACUUCUACCUGCAAGAGCACCCCGACCUCAUCAACGACCUUCUGCACGUCCUCGCGCCGCGCGUCGACCACUCGCGCACCGUCGACAUCUUCCGCAAGGCUGGCCACCUGCCGCUGGUGAAGCCGUACCUGGUGGAGGUCCAGAGCGCGAACGUGUCUGCUGUGAACGAGGCGCUCAACGAGCUGCUGGUGGAGGAGGAGGACUACGACCGCCUUCGCACCUCCAUCGACAUGUACGACAACUUCGACCAAGUCGGCCUCGCGCAAAAGCUGGAGAAGCACGAGCUGCUGGAGAUGCGGCGCAUUUCGAGCUACAUCUACAAGAAGGCGCAGCGGUGGCGCCAGUCGGUGGCGCUGUCCAAGAAGGACAAGCUGUACAAGGACGCCAUGGAGACUGUCAGCCAGUCCGGGGACAGGCAGCUCGCGGAGGAGCUCCUCGUCUUCUUUGUGGAGGAGGACAAGAAGGAGUGCUUUGCCGCGUGCUUGUACCAGUGCUACGACCUCAUCCGGGCGGAUGUGGUCCUGGAGCACGCCUGGUUCAACGACAUGAUGGACUGCGCAGUCCCCUACCUCAUACAGUUUGUGCGCGAAUACUCGAGCAAGGUGGACGAGCUUGUAAAGGACAAGGCGGAGGCUAACCUGGAGAAGCAGGCCAAGAACCACGAGGAGAAACAGGCUGUGGCGCAGGCGAACCUCUAUCAACAGCUGAUGCCUUUGGCGCUGCCCGCCCCUCCUUCUGCUGGCCCGGGUUUCGCUGGACCUGACGGUGGUUACGGGGGGAUGCCCGCGUAUGGUAUGCCGCCUCAAUUCUAGUUUUGCCGUAGUAGCAUCGAAUGUUCGUUAGGAUUCGCAUCGAUACGAAAAGGAGUAGUAAAGCGGAGGUGAUCAGCUGGAUGGGGGGUCCGUUCUGGCAGUUGGUGAUGAUGUUGUGAUACGCUUCAAAGAUCUUUCAAUCCGGAUCCAAACUUCUGUCGGACCAGCAUAACGUGAUCGAUUGUGUUUUGCGAGUUGUUGCGGCCUUUUUCUUAGCACACCAUGAAGCGAGACACAUUCAUUUGUCCCUCAUUGGCCUGC